CACAUUUUCCAAUGUAAAUAAACAAACUGACUGCUAUAAGAAUUAGGCGGCUCUUCGUCGAGAUUACAACUACUUUCAGAAGCAAUUAAUUGUCUAGAUAUCUUCCUUAUUUAUUGAUUUUCAAAGUAUUAAUUUUUGAAUUACAAUCAUGUCUGGUAUAUGCAGAUUAAGGCAGUUAAUCCCAAAAAAUACAGCUCUUUUUUUAUGUGAUAUGCAGGAAAAGUUUGCCCCAAAUGUGCAAUAUUUUCCUGCUAUUGCUAAUGUUGCUUCACGUCUUCUUAAAACAGCUAGAAUUUUAAAAAUGCCUGUUGUUGUAACUGAACAAAAUCCUAAAGGUCUUGGCAAUACUGUCAAAGAAAUUGGACUAGAUGAUUAUCCUGACAUAAAACCUUUUAAUAAAACUUCCUUUUCUAUGGUGACUCCAGAGAUUGAAGAUUUCCUAAAGAAAGAACAUCCUAAUGUAAACAGUGUUAUCAUUUGUGGGAUUGAGUCUCAUGUUUGCGUACAAUGCACAGUUGAAGCACUCGUCAAUCAUAACUUCAACGUUCAUGUUGUUGCUGAUGGCUGCUCCUCUCGUAGUAUGGUAGAUCGAAUGUAUUCUUUUCAAAGAAUGAAGUCAAUGGGAGCAUGGCUGACAACCAGCGAAAGUGUCAUCCUUGGCUUAGUUGGUGAUUACACUCAUCCAAAUUUUAAAGAAGUUCAGAAAUUGAUUAGAGAACUGCCUCCUGAUAGUGGUUUACUCUCAUUUGUACCACAUUUAGGGUAAAGAAGACUUAGCAAAAUUUGAAGAAUUGAUCAGAAAAAGUACAGGAUACUUGGAUGUUUUGAAAGGUUUAUGAAUUAUUCAAACUAUAUAUACUAUGAUUAGAAUCUUUUACUGGAACAUUACCUAUCAUAAGAAAUGUGUUUUUAUUUUUGUUAUUAAAUAUGUUGUUAAUUUCCUGUAGAAAAUUAAAGACAAUGUUUUUUCA